AUGAGCUCUGGGAAGCCUGCACUGAAAUUGGACCGACCACCAGCACUUCAAAGCAAAGCAACUUUUUACUUAUUUUCUCGGCGUACUGGCAAUUUUAGCUUCGACCAACUUACCAAUUCAUCGCAGGCCAAGCGAAACGGACGGCUCCAGAGUAACAAGCCAUCGACCCUGCGAGGAUUCCCUGACAGGUUUGACCUUACUUUUGGCACUCUCUGCCUAUACCGUCAAUCUAGUCGAAACUUGACGGUCCUCUCGAAUGUAAUAGCGAUAGUUGCCGAGAGGAACUCUUGGGCAAAAUCAAAAUCUGUUGAUUUUUCGCGUCAGUCGGCUGGUUACCGUUCCCCGUCUGAUCUCGACCGAAGCUCCACGCUCGAUACGUCAAAAACCGGUACGAACCACAAAGUAUCAGUGUUGUCGACAGUUGUGAUGAGGAAGAAGAAAACCAAUGAUAAGGCAAUCUUGGGUGACUGCGAGGCCAAUACGGAAGAAAUAAAUCAGCUUUUCGUUGGACUGUACCGUGUUUGCGGCUUUUCCAAUGGUGAAUCUCUGGAAUCUCGUGAAAGCUCACGAAAGCAAUUCGUCGAGUCUAUGCAGGUCUUGUGUUCGGCGCUUGGACAACUCCAUGACGAGCGAAAAUCGGGUGAACUCGGAAUACAGAGCAUCUUGCCCGCUCUCGAGCAAGCCGCGUCUCGAGUACGGCUUGUCGCCCACGAUUUCAUGGCUUACUUGACACGAAGAGUUUGCGAGUUGGAUUUUCCAAUGAAAAAAAUCCUGUCAUCGCUUCGUGACAAGCCGGCUUUUACUACUUUGCUUAUCCUGUCAAGGUCCUGGAGAACGUGUCUCAACCAUCAAGUGCAACAGGAAAAGACUGUGGCAUUGAAAGCGGUCUCAUUACUUGAUCAAUUGUAUUCGUCUUCCAGACUGAAGCAUCCUACAAACGACUUGCUAGCGUCCUUACAAAAUUUAGUUAACAUUUUGACACGCAUGGACUUCAUCGCGCUUCCACACGCUAGGAUUGGGCUUCAGUUGCUGGGUUCUCCCAAUAACAUACAAAGAGUUCACUCGUCAGAUUUAUCGCUGCUUGCUGUGGACUACGACAUGUCCCGGUCGACAGAGUAUAACAAGGUGCCGGCGCAUUGCACCGUCGACGUACCCAUAACAUGGCAGGGGAUCGAAAAUUUUAUAGAAAGGGACGCUGGAAAUUUCCCUCCUUUGACAAGCUUUCUACUGGUGGGUCCGGAAGGGAGCGGAAAAACCCAUAUCUGCGAUGUGUUAGAAAAGAGCUGCGUACGCUCGUCAAUAGCAGUCCUCCGUCCUCGGCUUCCUCUGGACAUAUUAGGUCAAUCAGUUGGCGAGAUGGAAGAUGUCCUCGUCGCUCUCGUUGAUUCAGCAAAAAGCGGGAGACAAUCAUGUUUUGCGCUCAUUCUGGAUGACGCUGAUUUUCUCAUUGCCACUGGCGAAAGUGGGAUUGGCGAGGGCGGAGAGCGAUUCUCAGGGCGUCAUCAUAUACAGUCGAGAUCCCAAUCUACAUUUUUCGCUCUGUUAGAUAGUUUUCGCAGUGAUGCAAUAUCUUGUAGCCGACUAAUCCUGAUCUGCACGUCCAAAAUGGAUCAGGAUUGGACCGCGGGCCGAUUUGACCGCAAAUACCACAUCUUGCCACCAAAUGAACACGAAAGGAGACUCUUUAUCUGCUCAAAUCUUGGUCUUCAUACACCAGUGAAAUGUAGCUUAACGAUACUUUUGGAGGAUAUGGUAGAAGGGACAGUAGGACGAACAUACUCGGAAAUUGCACUCUACUGCAGGCAAGCUGCGAUUGAUCAUGCUUCAUCUGAAACGGUCGCCGAAGCGGAGACCCUUCUGCAUUUCUUGAAACGUCGUCUCCAGUCAAUCACUCCUGAGUCCUUGCGUAGUGGCGUGCUGGAUGAAUUUGUGGAUAUGCGAGUUUGGACAGCCCGUGAUUUGGGUAGUAUGGAGACACUGGACGAUUCUGAGUCCUCCUACCAUCUCCCUUUGUUCGGUUCAAGUGCGGAGCAGGCAUGGAAGGAUCUUCAAUCAACUGUAAUCAUUCCUUUAUGCCGAGCAAGAGAGCUGGAAGACUUGAGGAAUCCUUGCGGGUUUUUUUCUCCGCGAAUAUUUGUUGGCGGCAUGCUGUUGGCAGGUCUUCCAGGAACAGGCAAGAGUUCGUUAGCUUUUCACACCGCAAAGAUCGCCGCCCGACUGCUCCCGACUGUCAAAUUUUUGGAAGUGAGCUGCACGUCUCUUAUUCAUAAAGAAGUCGGUGGAUCGGAGCGUGCCCUUCACCACUUGUUGGUAUGCGCUCGCAAGGCUGCGCCCUGCAUUCUACUGAUGGACAGUAUCGAAACAAUUGCGGCUGUUCGUGGAAAUGAUGCAACGACGGAAGGCACGAUGGAUCGCUUGCUUUCAACACUUCUAGUCGAGCUAGACGGCGUGCAGGAACAUGGGCAAUCAUCUGUUUCCUCACCUGCAGGUAUUGCUGUCAUUGGCAUAACGCACAAUUCGGAUUGGAUUGACCCUGCAUUGCUGCGGCCUGGGCGUCUAGACAAGAUUGCUACUCUGGAUUUACCCGACUAUCAAAUUCGAUAUGGCAUUGCAGCUAGGGACCUGAAAAGCGGGAUAGCGGUUCCUGCUAAUCUUAACCUCCUGAAUGUAAUUGCUGCAAAAACGCAUGGGAUGAGUGGGGCGAGCGUCGCUGCCGUUUGCAAGCUUAGCCUGUAUGUACAUACUUAA